GUAAAAGAAUAAAAUACACAAAUUAAAAAGUUAAUGCAAAAUACCACAAUUUAAAUAUAUUUAAACAAAAAAAAUUAAAAAUAAAUUACCACGGAUUUGAAAUCAAAUUAAAUAAUAAUUAAGGAAUUAAGUGAAUUUAUUAUAAAAAUAAAAGUGAUUUUGAAAAAGUAUUGUUAAAUAUAAAAGAAUUGUAUUGAAAUUGCAACAAAGUAAAGAGGCUAUUUUACAAAAUACAUCUAUAAAUAUAAUUUAUUCAAUAAUUAAUUAAUUAAACAAACAAACAAAAAUAACCAAAAUGAAUGUGGAAGAUUUUAGAAAACAUGGCAAAGAAAUGAUCGAUUACAUUUGUAACUAUGCCCAAAAUAUCGAUCAACGUGAUGUGGCGCCAACUUUAGAUCCUGGAUACCUAAAAAAAUUAUUGCCCAGCGAAGCACCCUUAAAACCAGAAAAAUUUGAUGACGUCUUGGAAGAUUUUGAAAAUAAAGUUAUGCCGGGUGUGGUACACUGGAAUCAUCCCAAGUUUUUUGCUUAUUUCCCCUCCGGCAACUCAUUUCCAUCCAUAUUGGGUGAUAUGUUAAGCAGUGCUAUUGGCUCUAUAGGGUUUUCAUGGGCCUCUUGCCCAGCAUCCACGGAAUUAGAAACCAUAGUAUUGGAUUGGUAUGCCAAAGCUUUGGGUCUGCCAAAAGCAUUUAUCAGUGAUAUACCCGGCAGCAGAGGUGGUGGUGCUUUACAAGGUUCCGCUUCCGAAUGUACCCUAGUGUGUAUGAUUACGGCUCGUUCCAGAGCCAUACACAAGCUCAAAGGUUCAAGUUCCGAAAUACAUGAGAGUGUAUUUUUGCCACAACUUAUUGCGUACGCCAGUAAGGAGGCUCAUUCGUCGGUGGAAAAGGCUGCCAAAAUGGCUUUGGUUAAAUUGCGCAUUAUCGAAGCGGACGAAAGGGGUCGCAUGCGUGUUGAUCUGCUGCGACAAGCCAUUACAAAUGAUGCCAAUGCCGGUCUAACACCAUUUUUUGUUGUGGCCACUGUGGGUACUACGGGCGCCUGUGCAUUUGACAAUCUUGUGGAAAUUGGUAAAGUUUGCAAGGAAGUGCCAAGUAUAUGGUUCCAUGUGGAUGGUGCCUAUGCUGGCAACUCCUUUAUAUUGCCAGAAAUGAGACAAUUCUCAGAAGGUUUAGACUAUGCCGAUUCCUUUAAUACAAAUCCCAAUAAAUUACUAUUAACAAACUUUGAUGCUACGGCCAUGUGGGUGAGGGAUGUUAUGAGUUUGAAGACCGCUUUGAAUGUUAAUCCCCUGUAUUUGCAACAUGAGCAUGAUAUGGCCAUAGAUUACCGCCAUUAUGGCAUACCAUUGAGUCGACGUUUUAGAGCCCUAAAAUUAUGGUUUGUUUUCCGUUCAUAUGGUAUUAUUGGGCUGCAGGCGUAUAUACGUAAUCACAUGGCUUUGGCCAAGAAAUUUGAAAUGUUGGUGCGUAAAGAUGAACGUUUUGAGGUUAGAAAUGAUGUGUAUCUGGGUUUAGUGUGUUUCAGAAUGAGAGCUGCUGAUACAUAUAACCAGGAGUUAUUAGCACAAAUCAAUCACUCGGGACGUAUGCAUAUGAUUCCAUCGAUGGUAAAUGGCAAAUAUGUCAUUAGAUUUUGUGUGACUUACGAGCAUGCCACAGAAAAGGAUAUUGUCGAUGCUUGGACAGAUAUUAAAUCCUUUGCUGAAGACAUUUUACGCGAUGCUACCAUGGAAAUCUCUUCAUUGCCACCCACACCAGAAAAAGAGAAAAUGCCCUCCGAACCCCAACCGAUCACUGGCAAACCGCCAAUCAAAAAGAGGCUUACCCGCACCAAAUCCCUACGUUUCUCCUUUACACGCAGUAUAUCGCGCGAAAUGUAUGAAUCUCAAAGUGAACAUCUCAAGGAUGGUUGUACGCCCAUCUUGGUGGUGGACUCAAAUGCAAUGCUGCAAAGUUUUCUGAAGGCAACCGCCGACAAUCAACAAAACAAACUGAAAGGCAUACAAGAUGUUGAUACCGAUGAGGCAAGCAAUUAAAAAUAUUUCAAAUCAUUAAUUUCAAAUAUUUUUUCCUACAAUAACUUUUCCAUAAAAAUAGUAUUAUUUUCUUUUAUGUUUUUUUUUGUAUAAUAAAAUGUUUAUUUCAUUGCAUACUAUUUAUGUAUUUACUUAAGAGAUUUUUUUGUUUAUUAGUUUAGUUAAUAAGUUCUUUGUAUGCUCCCUAAUCUGUUCCCUCCCUCCAUCAUUUUAUUUAUUGAAUCAUGUAUCUAACAUUUUUUUUUUUAAUUUAUAUAUAAUUUUUGCAUUUAAACAAUUCAAAAGAACAAAUAAAUUUUGUUAAAAUUACAUAAUAAGUGAGUAA